AUGACUGCAAUGUUGCGAACCGUUUCCAUGCUGACAUUCUUACCGUGGAUUCUUUUACUGGGACCAUGGACCGUGGUACUGGGUAAACCGUAUGAAGCGUAUCCCUUGGAUGAACAAUAUCCGCCAGUAGCUAGGAUAGACGAAGCGUUCAGCUUCCGGAUUUCCAAUGACACGUUCAAAUCGUCUGUCAGCCAAGGCUCCCAAAUCUCAUACAGUGCGACAAACCUUCCUCAAUGGCUGUCGUUCGAUUCUUCAGCAAGGACAUUUUCCGGAACACCAGAUUCCAGCACUCUCAAGGAUGGAGCCGAGACACUUUACUUCGAUAUCACGCUCGAAGGAACCGACCCUGCGGACAGUGAGAGUUUUAGUAAGAGUUAUCAGCUAGUUCUGACCGCCCAGUCUAGCAUUAAGAUCGCUGAUAACUUCAAUCUUCUAGCCCUUCUGAAGAAUUACGGAUCCACUAAUGGGAAGGACGGCCUUAUCUUGACUCCGAAUGAGAUAUUCAAUGUUACGUUCGAUAGAUCUACUUUCACUAGCGAUCAACCUAUCAUUGCUUACUAUGGGCAGUCCUUGGAAAAUAAUGCUCCUCUACCAAAUUGGCUCACGUUCGACCCGAAUAACUUGGAAUUCAGUGGAACUGCCCCCGUGGUAAACUCGAACAUCGCUCCCCAAAUCUCCUACGGGUUUGUAUUAACCGCUACAGAUAUCAAAGGAUUCUCGGGUGUCAGUAUUCCCUUUCACCUUGUGAUUGGUGCUCACGAACUUACGACAUCGAUCCAGAACAGUAUGAUCAUUAACGUUACAUCUUCUGGAGACUUCAGUUACAAACUGCCCUUAAACUAUGUUUAUCUUGAUGAACAGGCAGUACAAACCAAGGAUCUUGGUGCGAUUCAGCUGGUCGGCGCACCAUCCUGGGUUAAGUUGAGCAACGAUACAUUAUCUGGUACAAUGCCUAUGGGCGAGCUGUCAUCAAACUCAACCAACUUUUCUGUGGCUGUUCACGACAUCUACGACGAUGUUAUUUACUUGAACUUCAUGAUCGAAUCUACGGACAAGUUGUUUGCCAUUUCUGCACUGUCAAAUUUGAAUGCUACGCGAGGAGAGUGGUUUCAAUACAACUUCUUGCCAUCUCAGUUUACAGAUUAUUCGCAAACCACUGUUUCCGUCAAUUACACUAACUCAACACAGUCUCAUGACUGGAUUAAUUUCGAGUCUUCAAACAUGACUUUGCAUGGCCAAGUCCCAGAUGAUUUUGAUCGCUUAGCUAUGAAAUUGAUAGCCUCUCGAGGUUCUCAAACGCAGGGGCUGGAUUUCCAGAUAAUCGGCAUGGACGAUAGGUUCAAUCAUACCAACCACACUAGCAGUCUUACAUCAUCGUCCAGCUCCUCUUCGAGUACUUCUUUGCCCUCUUCUUCCACAUCGUUUGCUUCCUCGACUAUGACAGCUACAACACUAUCCAGUGCAAGUGCCUCCAGCGAGCCGCCGCUAAAGAAAAACUCCAAUAAAACUACUGCGAUCGCUUGCGGCGUGGCGAUUCCCUUAGGACUGAUAGCUUUAAUAGCUAUUGUGUUAUUAGUGUUCUGGCGUCGCAGAAACAAUAGGAAAGAGAGCUCGGAUAAUGAAAAAGGGCCCAAUAUUAGUGGUCCCGAUGUGAACAACCCAGCUAACAGACCGAAUCAGCAAGCAAUUACACCACUCAAUCCAUUCAGGGAUGAUCAGACUUCGGCUACGUCCGGUGCGAAACGAUUGGCCGCUUUAAAUGCCAUGAAAUUGGACGAGUCAUCGUCUUCCGAUUCCGACGUUUCAACAGUGGAUGAGAAAGGCAACUCUGUCGCUUCUGAAGACCUUCGCCAUGACACACGGAGUACCGAUAACCUACUGAAACCCGAUGCAGAGUUUUUUGAUCCGCAGAACAGGUCCUCUUCGGUUUACAUCGAUAGUGAGCCAGCAAAUCGCAAGUCCUGGAGGUACAAAUUGAGCUCUCCACUGCGCAUCAAUGAAGGAGGGAGGGACAGUUGUAUAUCAACAAGUACUGUCUCCACGGUUGAUCUUCUGAACACUGUGAUCAAAGACGGAGAGAAUAUCAAUAAAGACCCAAGAAAAUCCACCCUGGGAAUGAGAGACUCUGUCUUUUGUAAUGACCAUUCCAAAUCCCAAUCAUCCAAUUCGGUUGCUUCAAGGUCUGCAAUGAAAUUCACGCCAGAGAAUGAUGUGCUUCCAAUCCUUGAUGAGCAUAGUAACACUUCUCCGAACUCUAAAUCUGCCACAUCACCUUCAACUUCCUCUUCAGACGACUUCGUUCCUGUGAAAGAUGGGCAAAAUUAUAACUGGAUACACCGUGCCAAGCCUGAUAGGCGACCUAGCAAUAAGAGAUUGGUUCAGACCGAAAACCAAAGUAAAGUCGACAUAGGACAGGCGGAGGAGAUCGAAGGUCAUUUCCCGGAGAAAAUAUGA